CAUUCUCUGCCUUAGUAUCUGCUUUCUCUAUUUAACCAACCAAACAGACAACCAGAGAAUCAAGAUAAUAUGGCACUCAGAAUGUGGGCUUCUUCAACAGCCAAUGCACUUAGAGUUUCCUGCGCUGCCAAGUCCUCCCUUUCUCCAGCAUUUUGUCUCUCUAGAUGCUUCUCUACUGUCUUGGAUGGAUUAAAAUAUGCUUCCUCACAUGAAUGGGUAAAGCAUGAAGGCGCAGUGGCAACAAUUGGCAUAACUGACCAUGCUCAGGACCAUCUUGGGGAAGUGGUGUUUGUGGAGCUGCCGGAGCCAGGUGGCUCGGUGUCAAAAGGUGGCAGCUUCGGAGCUGUAGAAAGUGUGAAGGCAACUAGUGAUGUGAACUCCCCUAUUUCAGGGGAGAUCGUUGAGGUUAAUACCAAGCUUAGUGAAGCACCCGGUUUGAUCAAUUCAAGCCCAUAUGAAAAUGGAUGGAUGAUCAAGGUAAAGCCCAGCAGCCCAUCAGAACUGGAAUCCUUGAUGGGUCCAAAGGAGUACACCAAAUUCUGCGAGGAGGAAGAUGCUGCCCAUUAGAAUUGGAAGAUUCCUUCGGGUUCCUCUUCUUAUGAUGAAGAAGAUAUUUAGCCAAACUUUUGAAAAAAUUUCUGUUGAUUGUUGAGAAUUACAGGCAUCGAACUUAUUUUACACUCCCCAGUUCUGUUCUCAGUCUCUUUAUUUGUAGUUGUGCAGUCUUUAUGUAAGGUGGUGUUUGGUGA